AUGUCCCCCAUUGACCCACAUGCUUCACUGGACUGUCCCCCUCUGAACAUCGUUAUUUUUAUUGUUGGUUCCAGAGGUGACGUGCAACCUUACUUGUCCUUGGCUUUGAGGUUGAUUGAGUCGUAUUCCCAUCGUGUCAGAAUCGCCACUCAUCCUGACUUUCGAGACUUCGUCCUGAGCGAAAACAAAAGACUCCGGGGGAAGAGAGGCAAAGACGGCGUGGACUUGGAGGGGAAACUGGAAUAUUUCGACAUUGGAGGAGAUCCUAAGGAUCUCAUGGCUUAUAUGGUCAAGAAUCCAGGACUUCUACCAGCAAUGGAAAGUCUUAGAAACGGCGAUAUCAGUUCUAAACGUCGAAUGACAGCGACAAUGCUUGAUGGGUUCUGGGAAUCCACACAUUGUCCUGACCCCGCGUCGGGCAAACCGUUUGCAGCGGAUGCUAUCAUCAGUAAUCCACCUGCUUUUGGGCAUGUUCACAUUGCGGAAGCUUUGGGAUUACCUCUGAUGAUGUCGUUCACUAUGCCAUGGACUCCUACGAAAUCUUUCAAACAUCCUUUGGUCAACAUAAGACAAUCUAAUGCCGAAGAGAGUAUGACUUAUUGGCUUUCAUAUGAUAUGGCUGACUUACUCACCUGGCAAGGCCUCGGGGACAUCAUCAAUGCUUUUCGAACUGUCCGUCUUGGGCUUGAACCUUUGUCCGCCAAGAUUGGCUCCCGUUACCUACAAAGUCUUCAAGUGCCUUGGACGUACUGCUGGAGUGAAGGUCUCAUUCCAAAACCGCGAGACUGGGCAGAGAACGUCGAAAUCAGUGGUUUCUACUUUCUUGAGGGCACUGGGCAUUACACACCCAGCACGGAACUGGCAAGCUUCCUCAAGGGAGGCAAACCCCCUAUCUACAUUGGAUUUGGCUCCGUUGUUGUGGAAGAUCCUCAGGCUUUGACUAACACGAUACUCGAGGCGGUGAAGACGACCGGGGUACGUGCUAUCAUCAGUGCCGGCUGGGGAGGACUGGGAGGUGUCGAUGUCCCCAAAGACGUCUACAUCUUGAAAGAAAGUGUGCCGCAUGAUUGGCUAUUUGCCGAUGGCCGUGUAGCGGCCGUGUGUCAUCAUGGAGGUGCAGGCACUACUGCCAUUGGUCUUAGAAAUGGACUUCCUACCAUUGUCGUUCCGUUCUUCGGAGAUCAAAGAUUCUGGGGAGAGAUGAUCUUCAAAGCUGGCGGAGGCCCGGCUCCGAUCCCUCACAAGACUCUGACAGCUGAGAAUCUCGCAGAUGCUAUCAAAUUCGCUCUAUCUUCGGAGGCACAGGUAGCCGCUAGAAAGAUGGGAGAGAAGAUCCGGAAAGAAGAUGGAGAGAAGGCAGGCAUGGAGGCGUUUCAUCGACACCUUCCCUUGAACAAGCUUCGGUGA